AUGGCGCUCGCGCCUCCUGGGCCGUCGCCGGCCGCGCCCUACGGCAGCGACGGCUCCCUGAGCGCCGACGAGCCCGACUUCAUCCCCCUGCCCGACUCGCCCGCUUCCCCCCCGCCGGACGUCAGCGCGCCGCGCCGCGACGUCUCCUGCCGGCUGGACGUUCGCGGGCCGGACGGGCGAGGCCCAGGGAUCAAUGCAAGCCGCCCACAGCAGCAGGCAUCCGGUCAGGGGAUCCCCGAGAGCGUUGUCGUUGGGCGGCAUCCCUGCGCUUUGUCACCCGCAGCCCGUUGUGGCGAUGUGGAAGCCUUGCCUGCAGGCGCGGCGGGGAUGAGCGCGCCAGUUUGCGGCGACGUGGGGGCGCAGGUGACGCAGGGUCAGUUUUCCGGCCUGCCCGCCGCGAAUGCGGUCGGCGUGAUGGGGUGCCAGCCCCUGGUGCCCGGGGUGGGGUACCUGUGCGCGCCCGGCAGCCUGGUGCUGGUGCCAGCGGGGCAGGGGAUGGGACCCGGGCUGCAGGCGGCGGCCGCGGGGCAGGCGCCUCUGGGGGGAUGCCAGGUCUCGGGGUGGCCGCUGCGGCUGGUGGGGGCUCCGGUGUGCGCGAACCACAUCGUGGUGUCGGCGGUUCCGGUCGGCGACGGACCGGCCGGCGGACAGCUGCAGGCGCUCGCGGCGGAAGCCAGGCAACCUCAAGAGGAAGAUGUGGCCCGUGUGGCGUCCAUUAAAUCGCCAGCUUCGCUGGACCCUUUGACCCAAGGAGUGGACAUGCGGGGAAGGAACCAGCAGCUAUUUGGCUGCCAUCAUCCCCAAGUUUGCAACCAGGGUUUCACUGUUGAGAGAUCACCCUCAACUGCAGGGAACGCUUGGUGUGGCAACCAUCAGCAUGGAGCAUGGCGGAAACGACCUAAGACUAGGGCUCGGGAGCCUGAGGGGAGGUGGGAGCAUGACAAAUUUGAAGAACUGGAGCACGACUGGCGGCUGAAAGACCGAGCGAGGGAGUUGCGUGCAAGCCGCGUGCGUGCAGCGUUGGCCCGUCGCGAGCGGUCCAUCCCCAAGGGCAGUGUGGCGCUGCCAGUCCGGCCCACACCACUGGCGCCCCGUUCGGACAGGGGUGUCGCAAAGAAAUUCAAAAAGCGCAAACACCAGUACACAACAUUUGACGGUGUCCCACUGCGAAUGAGCAAAUUGGCAUUGGGCGAGAAACCCAAGGGACACAGGUCUGACCUGCCCACCAGAAGCACGGCGGACGAAAGCAAGCCCACUUUGCGUGAGAGAUUGCUGGCCAUGCACGGCUUCCUGGGACACUGCGAGGCCAUUGCGAGAAACAUCAAGGAAAGCGGAGAGCUGACGAGCAGAUCCAGACAGGCGUUCGACAAAAUGCAGCGCUGGAAAUUUGACAUGAAAUGGGCCGAGCAGGUCAUGUUGGACCCCGCAAGCAGGUUGCCGAAGGAGCAUGGAGACAAGGAUGACUGGAAGGCGGCCAAGCGGUGCAAAGGUCGGGCGCAACCCGUGGUAAAGGUCAAGGAAGAGCCCGGGAACUAG